AUGUUACGCUCAUCGAGUAGAGUUCAAACUGUUUAUGUUCGAUUGAUGUUUUCUCGAAUAGGUGAAAUUGAUACAUUAAAUGAAAAGUAUCAAGCACAGGCAUCUAUUGAAGCUCGUUGGCAAGUUGAAAUAGAUAAAAUUUUACCAGAUCUUUCUCCUGAAGAUCAAACCCGUUUAACUGCUGGAAAAUCUGUUUCACUUUUAAAAUAUGCUGAGUCUCACUGGACUCCACAACUCUAUAUAGAAAAUGCUAUAGGUGAUUUAAAAGAACAAAUAAGAUAUACUGCUAAAAAAUAUAGACAAGAUAAUCAAGUUUAUGUUUGUGAACAUCGUGAUAUCAAAGGAGCAUUUUGGGAAAAACUUGAAUUACAUCAUUUUCCAUCUGAUGUUCAAGAUUUAUCAGUAUCUGUCGGUUCAAUGCUUUACAAUGAUAGAGUUCUGUUGGCUCCUGAUCCACAUAAUGGAAGUGGUGUAAAUCUCGAAGCAUUUGUUGAUCAACAAGAAUGGCAACUGUAUGCUUAUGUUGAUUCCGCCCAAAGGUUUAUUGAUGAAUUUGAUUUACAUUCAGCCGCAAAUGAUGAAGAUGAUGAACCUAGUGGCAGCGAAGAUCGAAAACGUUCAAUUAUAACAAUUACUUGUCAUGCUGCUCGUCAAUCACAUUAUUUUUAUUGGAAUGGAUACUCUCUUAUUUUCUUUAUUAUGUUAAGUUCAUAUACACUUUUUUUGAUUCCACCACAUCAAAUGGCAAAUCGAAUUCAAUCAGGUUGUACACUUUUGUUGACAUCGAUUACAUUUCGUUGGACAGUUAACAGAUCACUCCCAACUAUUUCAUAUUUAACAUCAUUAGAUAUAUAUGGAAUAUUAGGUAUAGUUUAUCUUGUCAUUAAUGUUAUAUGGCAUGCUGCUAUUGGUGGACUUUUAUUUGAAUAUGUACCUGGUUUUGUUUCUAAACCAGAUUUGAAACUUGUAAAAAUUGAUCGAAUAGCUUUUUGUGUUAGUUUUGGUAUUUUUAUUAUCACUCAUAUUUUACUUCUCAUCUGGUUAUACUGUGUUCCAUUGAAACAUCGUCGAGAUAUGCAAAAAAGAGAUGAUCAAUUAAAAUUAACUAAGUCUCGAAAACCAGCAAAUAACAAUGGUCCAUCAAAUGUGAAAAGAAACGAUCCAACUUCUAGUUACGAACGUAUACCAAUAAACUAA